AUGGUCUCUCGUCUCCUCGUGGUCACCUCGCUCCUUGCCCUGGUGCUCGGAAAGCCGGUACGCAGGGAUCUGCAGCUACAUGAGUCUCGUUCGAACGCCCCGGGUAGUUUCUCUCUCGUUGGACCUGCCGCCGAUGACACGAAUCUAGCCUUGCGUUUGGCUCUCGUGCGGAGCAACACCGCUGGACUGAUUGAUGCUCUCUACGACGUCAGCACGCCUUCGAGUGCACACUACGGAGAGCAUCUCACCAAGGAAGAGGUUGAAGCGUUUGUGGCUCCGAAAGACGAGACCGUCUCUGCCGUCAACGCAUGGUUGAGCCAGAACAACUUGCAGUCAACUCCGCUCACCUCCACUGGCGACUGGCUGUCUAUCAACGUUCCGGUCGGCCAGGCGAAUGAGCUGUUUGGCACGAACUUCUCGGUCUACGCGCAUAGCAGCACCGGCAAACAGGUCAUCCGCACGCUCGCGUAUUCCAUCCCCACUGAUCUCGUCGGACAUUUGGAUUUGGUGCACCCCACAAUCACGUUCCCGGACCCCUACGGCAAGAACCCGAUUGUGAAGACCGUACCGCCCUCCAAGCGUUCCGAGACGUUCUCCGAGCGCGCAGACGACUGCCUCAUUAAUGGGACCUACAUAGCGCCAUCGUGCCUGCAGUCAUUGUACAACAUCCCGACAACUCCGGCUACUAGCGCGUCGAACAAGCUCGCGGUUACCGGCUACGUCGAGGAAUAUGCGGAAUACAGUGACCUCACGUCGUUCCUGGAGCAAUAUCGACCUGACAUGAGCUCUAGCACGUCUUUCAGCAUCGUGACGUUGGAUGGUGGUGAAGACCCGCAGAACGGCGAGGCUGGCGACGAAGCGAGCCUUGAUAUCCAGUACACAGUCGGUAUCGCGACGGGAGUGCCGGUGACCUUUAUCACCGUUGGCGGUGACGUUGAGAAUGGCACGGACUUUGCGAAUGUCCUUAUCGACACCGCAAGCUACCUGCUCAACCAAACAGCGCCUCCUCAAGUGGUGACGACGAGCUACGGCCUCGAUGAAGAAGAGAUCUCACAGAACCUCGCCUACAACCUGUGCGAUAUGUACGCCCAGUUGGGUGCCUUGGGCGUGUCAGUGCUCUUCGCAUCUGGUGAUGGUGGUGUAUCCGGUGGGCAUUGGGACCCCUCCUGCACGACCUUCCUGCCUACCUUCCCUUCCGGUUGUCCUUACGUCACCUCUGUCGGUGGCACAAUCAACAUCCCGGAGACAGCUGUGAACUUCUCCGGUGGAGGAUUCUCCAACUACUGGCCCACGGCCGACUUCCAGAAGGAUGCCGUCUCCACCUACCUCUCUGGCAUCGGCAGCACCAACAGCGGGUUGUACAACGCAUCCGGUCGCGGUUACCCCGACGUCGCGACCUACGCAGUAGACUUCGAGGUCCUGAUUGACGGGUCAGUCUAUGGUGUGAGCGGCACCAGCUGCGCGUCCCCGACGUUCGCCAGUGUUGUCGCUCUGCUAAACGAUAAGCUCAUUGCUGCGGGCAAAUCGACGCUUGGCUGGCUGAACCCGCUGUUGUACUCGACCGCCUCGUCUGCCUUCAAUGACAUCACGGAGGGCAAUAACUAUGCUUGCUCCCAGUACACCACUGGAUUCGACACCGCUACCGGCUGGGAUCCUGUCACUGGUUGGGGCACACCCGACUUCACGAAGCUGUUGUCUGCUGUCGGCCUGUGA